GUAUACGUAUUAUUUUGACACUAGUUACAAUUAUGUGUAAAAUGGCAGCUAAAAUUAAGUGACACUCAUUGGGAGUGGUGAAAGUUCACACAGCACCUGAACGCACCACACGCCGUUUAUAGAGCCAGUUGCUGACCUGUUGAGUUUAGUUGUGUUCGCUAGCGGCAGUGACAACGGGGAGAGGCGUCUACACAGCCGCAGACAACCGGUAAACCGUCCGCUCUCAGGGACCCCCAGCCCGGCAUGCCCCGCCAUGUUCGACCUUAACAACGGCUGGAACCUGUCUUUCGCCGGGUGCGGCUUCCUGGGGAUUUACCACAUCGGAGUGGCCAGUUGCCUGCUGGAGAAAGCGCCCUACCUCAUCAAAGGGGCCACCAAGCUGUACGGAGCCUCGGCCGGUGCUCUGACCGCCUCGGUGCUCGCCAGCCAGGCGGCUAUAACUAAAUGCUGUGAAGAUGUGCUCGAGGUGGCGAAGGAGGCCAGGAAGAGAAACCUGGGCCCUCUUCACCCAACCUUCAACCUGGUGAAGGUGAUAAGGUCCGGCUUGACUCGCGACCUGCCCUCAGAUGCUCAUGUCCUGGCCUCGGGGCGGCUGUGUGUUUCUCUGACCAGGGUGUCUGAUGGGGAGAACGUGCUGGUGUCGGAGUUCAGCUCCAAAGAGGAGCUCAUCCAGGCACUGAUCUGUAGCUGCUUCAUUCCCAUUUACUGCGGGCUCAUCCCUCCGUCCUUCAGAGGAGUGCGGUACGUGGAUGGUGGGAUUAGUGAUAACCUGCCGCAGUCGGAGCUGAAGAACACCAUCACCAUCUCUCCUUUCAGUGGUGAAUGUGACAUCUGUCCCCGAGACAACUCCACCAGCUUCCACGAGCUGCGUUUCACCAACACCAGCAUCCAGAUCAAUCUGGGCAACAUGUAUCGCCUCAGCAGAGCGCUGUUUCCACCAGAACCCAAGGUACUGGCAGAGAUGUGUCAGAGCGGUUACAAAGAUGCUCUACGCUUCCUAGAAGAAAACAACCUGCUGAUGCUGCAGCAUCCAAGCCCCGGCCCUGCCCUGCCAGAGAGCCCUGCCAGCUGCUGCUGCAAACAAACAGAAACGACCAAAGAGUGGGUGCUCCGGCGGCUCCUCCUGCUGCAGAAACAACACUGGUGGCUGGAUGAGCACAUUGCUCUGCCCACACCAAUCAAAAAAGUAUUUUGCGAGGCUUGCCAAGAUAAAUCUGGUCUCUACGCCAAGGUGUCCGAGAUGCUGCCAGUGAGGGUGGCUUCCUACAUGCUCAUGCCGUACACUCUUCCUGUACAGUCAGCCUACUCAGUGGCCCAGAGGUUUGUGGAGUGGAUCCCUGAGGUGCCAGCUGAUGUGCGCUGGCUGUUCGGUGUGGCAGGUGAGGUGUACCGACAGGCCUGGAAAGGACAAUCAGUCCACUCUAUCAGCGAGCCGUGCCUGAGGAAAUGCUUGAGCGAGCCGCCUCUACCUUCAGAGUGUGACAGCGCCAUGCCGAGAGACAUCCUGCCUGCUCUGUCCUCCUUUGAUCUCCACGGCAACUACUGGGAGAUCCCCAAAUCUACCUCCUCCUCAGCCCACCCCCAUCCUCCUCUUAUCGCCCCCUCGUCACCACAACAAGUCUGCUUCUUUGUCGGCUCGCAGGAUGAAUCUCCCAGCCCGGCACCGCAGUGAAACAAUUCAGGACCUGAACUUUACCAACGAUGUGGUCCCAUUUUAACUCCAUGGGUGAGGUGCAGCUGGACUGAUGAGUGGUAAUCAAUCUGAAAAAAUGAUCAAUGGUGCAUAACCAUUGGCCACGUUGACUUUGAACACUCCAGGCAGCACCAAGCACAUUAUGUUGAAGAUGGAAGAUAGAAGCAUUGGAACUCACUCAGGAUCCUAGAAGACCUGUUUUAAUGCACAGCACAGAAAUGUUUCUAACUACAAACCUACUUAUGUUAGUUUUAAAUAUACUCAGAAGUAGCACUCAUUCCAAUUCACUUCUUUUAUUCAAAACUUUUCUGUCUUUACAAAUGGUUCUGUAUCUUCUUUUAAUGAUGUUGGUCUAUUUACCAGUUGUGUGAUACCUCUGCUUUCAUGUCACUUCUGGCAGCCAUAUUGAACGACCAAAAUACAGGUCUAAUCGCUGUCAGUUUUACACAGAGUGACUUUUAUAACCUUGCUGAAUUGUUGGCUUGUUUAACCUGCCUGGUAGCUUAUAUUCCUUGACCUGUCAGGUUGAUAGCGUUUUGUUCCUAGAUCUCACACUUUACUUUGCCCCAAUUGCUUGCUGAGUUCAGACUGUAACGGCUACAGUGCAGAUGGAUGGGAUCAGUGCUGUUUAUGCCAUCAUUUGUCAUUUGUUUGUCCUCUCUAUUCUCACCCCAACCGGUCGAGGCAGAUGGUCGCCCUACUUGAACCAGGUGCUGCUGGAGUUUUUCUAUUUCUGUUAAAAGGGAGUUUUUUCUUCCCACUGUCACUAAGUGCUGCUCAGGAAGAUUUCUUGGACUCUCUGUGUACUAUUUUAAGGUCGUCACCUUACUAUGUGAAGUGCCAUGAGACAAUAAAUACCUAUAUAAAUGAAACUGAAUGAAUCUUCAGUAAGAGACAGCUUUCAGUCCUGGCUUUGAUACAGAACAACCAGAAGAAAAUGCAGUUUGAAUCUGAAUGGAAGACCUUCCAAAUUAGAAAAAACAGAAAGAAUAAUUUACACAUUUAUCUGGCUUAGUGGUACAUACCUUUAUUGAUAUGACAGAUGUACUACCAUUAUACACCAGGAGGUGGGGGAUAGCAUCACCACCUCAUUAUGACUGAAGUUAAAGCCACCUUAUUAGCAUAUAGUUCAUCGCAGUUACAUUCCUUAGCUGAGCUUACGUAAAAUGACAAUUUAAGACAGUUUACUGUGUAUCAAAGCAUCAAAUGUUGAGACAAAUAUAGAUAAGGCAAGUAAAAUCAUUCACUUUACUAAUCAGCCACUAACAUUAUUAAACAAUGCUAGGUUGCAGGUUAGCCCAGCCCAUUUUCUACAUGUAAAGCCAGCAGCUGGCCUGCAUCUUUGGUGCCAGGUGGCAACUGGGAGGUUUUUGACACAGUUGCAAACCCUGUGUAAUGACUAAAUUAAUAAUUGAUUUCACUUAAUUUGCCAAAUGAAGUCGCUGACUGUGCAACAAGUGUUUUUAAUAUCAGUGUUUUCAUUGGCUACACUGAAAUAUACACAUGCUCUACAAGGAAGACUGGCUGGGCUACCGUGUACUGGCUCAGUAUUUCCCAACUUUUGCACAUGCCACAAUUGCUGUUUAAUAUGUUGUGUUUUAAGAAAGUAACACUGCAAUAACCUUUGAAGACAGACCCAUAAUGUAUGUCUGCUGCAGGGGCUGUGCUGCCUUCUUUAUGCUUCAAACAUCAACUAAAUAUGUAACUUGCUUCAACCUUCAGCUUAUAUCUGUCUUGUGUCACAUAUCACUUGAAGGUAUAGGUAUGUCCAUAUACUGUGUUAUUGUAAGAUUAAACAAUUUCAAAUAACUGA